AUGGUUGAAAACUUGGUCGAGCCUCAGUGUGUACUAAUUACGGGUGGAUGUGGAUUUAUUGGGUCAAAUUUUAUUAAUUUUAUUGCUGAACGUUGGAAAUCAACCAGAAUUGUCAACUACGAUAAGUUAGCGUUUGGCGCCUCACCUUAUCAUGUAGAAAAACAUAUUCGAGAGUCCAGCAGGUGGGAACUAUGUUUCUUUUCUUCGGAUUUUUAUUCUAUUCGUGGUAAUCGCUGCCCCUUCUUUUUUCACCAUUUUCGUGAAUGA